AUGUGUGUAACAAAUUUAUCUAUUUUAUUAUUUUACAGAUAAAUUAAAUUAAACUGCAAUAGACAACUAGUACUUUAGAAAUUUAGUCUCUUGAAUCUCAUUUAGCAUAAAUAAUAGUGGGUGAGAGAAAAUGUCAAUAAUUUGAAGACUUUGGAAGCUUUUGCAAGAAUUUGA